CCUACGUGGGAGAGAAGGGAGGGUUGGGGGAAGUGUGGAAAACCUGAACCCAAGCCGCUGCAGCCUUAGGAAGAUUUGGUGGGAGGAGAAGUAGAGGGAAAUAGACGGGUGGAGGGGGAGGUGAGGAGGGCAUCUGGGUCGCUGCUGCCGGGCGGCACAAAGUUCGCGAUGUGGCUAAAGCCUGAGGAAGUGCUCCUGAAAAAUGCGCUGAAGCUGUGGCUGAUGGAAAGGUCCAACGACUACUUCGUGCUGCAGCGGCGUCGGGGCUACGGUGAGGAAGGCGGAGGGGGUCUCACAGGGCUUCUGGUUGGGACUCUUGAUUCAGUUUUAGACUCUACUGCUAAAGUUGCUCCAUUUCGCAUCCUACACCAGACACCAGAUUCUCAAGUUUACCUGUCAAUUGCAUGUGGAGCCAACAGAGAAGAAAUAACCAAACAUUGGGAUUGGUUGGAACAAAAUAUCAUGAAGACCUUAUCUGUGUUUGAUUCAAAUGAAGAUAUUACUAAUUUUGUACAAGGAAAGAUAAGAGGAUUGAUUGCUGAAGAGGGAAAACAUUCUUUUGCAAAAGAAGAUGAUCCUGAGAAAUUUCGAGAAGCCCUUUUGAAAUUUGAAAAAUGUUUUGGUUUACCAGAGCAGGAGAAGUUAGUGACCUAUUACUCAUGCAGUUAUUGGAAAGGACGGGUUCCUUGUCAGGGAUGGCUCUAUCUUAGCACCAACUUUCUGAGCUUCUAUUCUUUUUUGUUGGGAUCAGAAAUAAAACUCAUUAUCUCCUGGGAUGCAGUCUCAAAACUUGAAAAGACUUCAAAUGUUAUACUAACAGAGAGUAUUCAUGUGUGUUCCCAAGGGGAGAAUCACUACUUUUCAAUGUUUUUGCAUAUUAAUGAAACAUACCUUCUUAUGGAACAGCUGGCAAACUAUGCUAUAAAGAGACUUUUUGAUAAGGAAACAUUUGCUAAUGACCCAAUCCUUGAUGAUCCUCUACAAAUCACCAAGAGAGGUCUGGAAAAUCGAGCCCACAGUGAGCAGUUUAAUGCUUUUUUUAGGCUCCCCAAAGAAGAGACUUUGAAAGAAGUACAUGAAUGUUUCUUAUGGGUACCAUUCAGCCACUUUAAUACUCAUGGAAAAAUGUGCAUCUCAGAAAACUAUAUCUGCUUUGCUAGCCAGGAUGGCAAUCUAUGUUGUGUAAUCAUUCCAUUACGAGAGGUCUUAGCUAUAGAUAAGACAAAUGAUUCCAGCAAAUCUGUCAUCAUUAGCAUCAAAGGAAAAACAGCUUUUCGCUUCAGUGAAGUUAAAGACUUUGAGCAGCUGGUGGCAAAACUCAGACUCAAGUAUGGGGCAGCUUCAACUCAGUAUCACGAUGUUAGCACAGAGAUUCCUAUUAGUUCUGAUUCUACAGACCCAUCUGAUAAUACUGAAGUACGAUCUUUGACAUGUCAGAAAGAAUGCAGUAAAACUGUGAACACUGAAGCCUUAAUGACAGUAUUUCACCCUCAGAAUUUGGAGACUCUUAAUUCCAAAAUGUUGAAAGAAAAGAUGAAGGAACAGUCAUGGAACAUCCUAUUUGCAGAAUGUGGGCGUGGUGUUAGCAUGUUUCGGACCAAAAAGACUCGAGAUCUGGUUGUAAGAGGGAUUCCAGAGACCUUAAGAGGAGAGCUCUGGAUGCUUUUUUCAGGUGCUGUUAAUGACAUGGCUGCUAAUCCUGGCUAUUAUGCUGAAGUGGUUGAGCAGUCCUUAGGGACCUGCAACUUGGCUACUGAAGAAAUUGAACGUGAUUUGCGUCGCUCCCUGCCUGAACACCCAGCCUUUCAGAGUGACACUGGCAUAUCUGCUCUGAGGCGGGUACUCACUGCUUAUGCAUAUAGGAAUCCCAAAAUUGGAUACUGCCAGGCAAUGAACAUCUUAACUUCAGUGCUGCUUCUGUAUGCAAAAGAGGAAGAAGCUUUUUGGCUUCUGGUUGCUGUGUGUGAACGAAUGUUGCCUGAUUAUUUUAACCGUCGAAUCAUUGGUGCCUUGGUGGAUCAGGCAGUCUUUGAAGAACUUAUCAGGGAUCACCUUCCCCAGCUGACAGAACACAUGACUGAUAUGACAUUCUUUUCCUCAGUUUCUCUCUCAUGGUUCCUCACACUUUUUAUUAGUGUGCUGCCAAUUGAAAGUGCAGUGAAUGUGGUGGACUGUUUCUUCUAUGAUGGAAUAAAAGCCAUUUUACAGCUGGGAUUGGCAAUACUUGACUAUAAUUUGGACAAACUGCUCACAUGUAAAGAUGAUGCUGAAGCCGUGACAGCUUUAAACAGGUUCUUCGACAAUGUUACUAAUAAGGAUAGCCCAUUGCCUUCAAGUGUUCGGCAGGGUUCAAACGUGAGUGAUGAAAAAAGCAGUCAUAUUAGAGUGGAUAUUACAGAUUUGAUUAGAGAGUCAAAUGAGAAAUAUGGUAAUAUUCGCUAUGAAGAUAUAUACAGCAUGCGCUGUCGAAAUAGGUUAUAUGUCAUACAGACCCUAGAGGAAACGACAAAGCAGAAUGUGUUGCGUGUUGUAUCACAAGAUGUGAAAUUGAGCCUUCAUGAACUGGAUGAACUUUAUGUCAUCUUUAAGAAAGAGCUGUUUUUUUCUUAUUAUUGGUGCUUGAGCUGUCCAGUCCUAAAGUACCAUGACCCCAGUCUGCCAUAUUUGGAACAGUAUCAGAUUGACUGCCAGCAGUUCAGAGUGUUAUAUCAUUUGUUGAGUCCCUGGGCUCAUUCUGCAAACAAAGACUCACUAGCCUUAUGGACAUUCAGAUUGUUGGAUGAAAACUCUGACUGCCUUAUAAACUUCAAAGAAUUCUCCUCUGCAAUUGAUACAAUGUACAAUGGAAAUUUCACUGAGAAGCUUAAGCUGCUUUUUAAGCUGCAUAUUCCUCCAGCUUAUACUGAAGUGAAAUCUAAGGACCCUUCAAAAGGAGAUGAACUUUCCAAGGAAGAAUUACUUUAUUUCAGUCAGCUCCAUGUUUCUAAGCCUGCAAAUAUGAAGGAAGCAGAAUCACCAAAAAACAGCCCUGAAAAAGGCAAAGAGAAAGUUGAUAUUCAAGCAUAUCUAAGUCAAUGGCAAGAUGAGCUUUCCAAAAAACAAGAAAACAUUAAGGAUUUACCAAGAAUGAAUCAGUCACAAUUCAUUCAGUUUUCAAAGACCCUAUAUAACUUAUUUCAUGGGGACCCUGAAGAAGAGUCGUUAUAUCAAGCCAUUGCUGUUGUAACCAGCCUUUUGCUCAGGAUGGAAGAAGUUGGAAGGAAACUACAUAGCCCCACAGCAUCAGCCAAAGAAUUCUCUGGUACAGUCUGUGCUUCUGGAGGACCCAGUGAGGGGAAAACAGAGAGCCACUUGAAGAAAGAUCCCUCCUCUCUGAGGGAAGAACCUCAGUGGUCAUUUGCAUUUGAACAGAUUCUUGCGUCUUUGUUGAAUGAACCAGCAUUGGUGAGGUUUUUUGAGAAACCCAUAGAUGUAAAAGUGAAACUAGAAAGUGCAAAAACCUCUCAGUUAAGCUGUAGAACCAAGAUGUAAAUCUCUUAACAGGAAUUGCCUAUUAUAGACAAGUUUACUAAGAUUCCUAUAGCUGUCAGUUUGAUUCUUGGGAAUAGGGAUCAGGGAUUUAUCUUGAUACCAAUGUGCUUGAAGGUUAAAAAAAAAAGAUAUGUGGAAGCAC